AUGUCUUCGUCUAACUCGAUCAAGCUGUUGACUGGCAACAGUCACCCUGAGCUGUCCCAGCUCGUGGCUGACCGCCUCGGCAUUGAGAUGACCAAGAUCAUGGUCCUUCAGUACUCCAACCAGGAGACUAGCGUCACAAUCGGUGAAAGUGUCCGAGACGAAGAUGUGUUCAUUCUGCAAUCAACACGGCCUAAUGACAUCAACGACGGUCUCAUGGAGCUCCUCAUCAUGAUCAACGCCUGCAAGACCGCUUCGGCCCGCCGCAUUACUGCCGUCAUCCCCAACUUCCCUUACGCCCGUCAGGACAAGAAGGAUAAGAGCCGUGCGCCCAUCACUGCCAAGCUCAUGGCCAAUAUGCUCCAGACUGCUGGCUGCAACCACGUCAUUACUAUGGAUCUGCAUGCUAGCCAGAUCCAGGGCUUCUUCAAUGUCCCCGUGGACAACCUGUAUGCCGAGCCUAGUAUGUUGAAGUGGAUCCGCGAGAACCUUGACGUGAGAAACUGCGUUAUUGUCAGUCCUGAUGCCGGUGGUGCCAAGCGUGCCACCGCCAUCGCCGAUCGUCUUGAUCUGCAGUUUGCCCUGAUCCACAAGGAGCGUGCCCGCCCCAACGAGGUCUCCCGCAUGGUCCUCGUCGGUAAUGUCAAGGACAAGAUCGCUAUCAUUGUCGACGACAUGGCCGAUACCUGCGGUACCCUUGUCAAGGCUGCCGACACCGUUAUGCAGCACGGCGCCAAGGAAGUCAACGCCAUCGUUGUUCACGGUAUCUUGUCCGGCAAGGCCAUUGAGAACCUGAACGGUAGCCGUCUGAACCGUCUGGUGGUUACCAACACCGUUCCCCACGCCGAGAAGAAGGAGCUGUGCGACAAGAUCGAGACUAUUGAUAUCUCACCCACACUGGCCGAAGCCUGCCGCCGCACACACAACGGCGAGUCUGUCAGCUUCCUCUUCUCUCACGCUGUUGCGUAA